UAUGAAUACCAAUAUGAGGUCAAGGAUCCAGAAAAGGAAUUGUUCUUUAACAAAAACGAGGCGGGCGAUGCUGCAGGAAAAGUUUCCGGUCAAUACUCCGUGUGGCUACCGGAUGGGCGUUUAAUGACCGUUGCCUACACAGUAGAGGGUGAGAAUGGUUUUGUGCCAAAAGUGUCAUUUGACACAACAAAUCCGCUGGGCUAAAAGACACGCAAAACAAAUAGCAAAAAAGCAGCUCCUUACGGGGCACCAAUCAAACGGAUAAUGAAAACAAGAAUGGUGUUGAAACUUACAGAUCAACGAAACUAAUUUGUGGUUUUUAAUGAUAAAAAAAUACGUAAAUUGUAUUUAGUUAAUAUUUAGCUAAGCAAGUAUGCAAAUAUUUUAUUAAAAUUUGCAUAAUUGAGAAAGCAACAACACACACAGUUAGUAUAUAUGUACAUACAU